AUGAAAUGUGUAUCAAUCACGUCGCUUAAUAAAAUACAAUUUAAUCUAUACCUAAACAAAACGUCUGCAAACACUAGGGAAAUCAAAGGAAACAUAACCAAUUUAAUUCCAGUGGAUGAUUCACUAACUAUGGAAUUCAAUGUGGCGAUAAAAGAUUCUAUUGGACAUUGGUGGUUGGAAGGAGAAUGCUUUUACAUAAAGGACAACAAAAGCUUGCUCAUCACCAAGGAUAAUAACCUAACCAAAGAUACUAUGGUUGCACGACUACCCAUAUUUGAUCACAGCACCGAGCGGCGCCGAAGGUUCUUAUAA